GCAUCUUCUUUGAUCAUAUGCCGUAACAAACACUGGCGAUACAUCUCAUCCUUUCACGGCCCAUGGCUGCAACUACCACCGGAAAUCCUGGACUCGCUCGCUCAUCAGAAUUACACACAGCCACUACCGAGGUUGAUUGAUCCAGCCGUCUUCUACGAUGUAGUCAAGAUCCGACGCGCAGUCGACGAGGCAACAGAAGAUGCCGUACGCGCCUCCAACGGAAUGUCAACCACAGCCAUGAACGCCUCGCUAAAUCAUCUGGAUCCCUUUGGACAAGGAGGACCACAAGCCCCCAAGAUGAGCAAGGAACGCAUAUACAAGAUACGUCAGAAGGCUGCACGAUCGUUGUCCAAGGCAUAUGCAUUGGAUGAGGUUGCCGCAAGUGUCGCGACUAUGCAAUCCACAACUUCUCUCGAAGAAGUUGCUCUACACGUUCUCAGGCGCAAUCAGACUGACACCGAGGCCAAAUACGUUCACUUCUUCCACGAAAAGAUUCCUUCUAGAAUGAUGGAGCAAUACACACCUCUGGAGCCACUGGACGAUGUCAUCCUAAAUCUGCCUUGGGAAAAGCAAGCCGCUCCUCUACGCACCCGUGCGCUUGUUCAAAUAUUCAAGGGCCAAUUCGAAGGAGCUGCGAGCGAUCUGUCACUCGGGCUUAGGAUAGCCCAAGAGCUCAAAAAAAUGCACAAACCUGGUACAGACCAAUUGGUACUAGCAAAGCACUACAAGGAGGAGCAAGAGCGGUGGAACAGAAAUGGCAAAGAUUGGAGACAAGUGCCUCAACUGAAAGAGGACGAUCAGCCGAGCAGCCUGGAACAGCAAAUGCUGUUCAAUCGAGCUGGUGUCUAUCUCAGCAUUGCAUGCCAGAAUGUCCACGCUGCUCUGGACGGUCUGAAACAAGCGCGAACCAAGAACGAGAAUGGCGAUAAGAUUGCCAAGUCACUACAGGAAAAAGAGGCUCAUCAAGCUCGAUUGGAUGCGCGCAAGCUCGUCAAGAUCAAUGCGAAAAAGGCUCUCAAGGACUACCUCGCUUUCCUUGGCUACUUUGAUUAUACGCCUGGUUUGCCGGUGGAGAUUAUUGACGAAAUUACCCGCAGAAUUAACGAUCUGGCAAAAGAUAACAAACAAACCACCAUCCAUCGCAACCGCUUGCUAGAAUGGAACAGUCACUCAUCCUCAGGACGUAGUAGCCCUAUGGUAAGCUCUCGUUCUUCGCAUCAAUCGAGCCAGACUCCGGACUCUGGAUUGGAGUGGGAUGCAAAUGGAUGGCCUCGGAUUCCUCACAGAAAGAUCUAUCCUUCUUCGGCUCUGUUUGCUGAGAAGCCUUUGCCUGAUCUUCCAGUGUUUCCUGCAGAAAACAACAGAACAGAUGACAGUCCGUUGUCAGUAAGCAAUCGCGAGGCCGUCACAUAUCAUCCGCUUCUCACCGAUGCUUUACACUCCCUGUUGCUGGCCCACUCUCUGAUUCAGACUUCACCGACUGAAUUACUCAGACACGCCCACAACGCUGCACGUCUCGCUCGACUCGCAGACGGGUAUCCUAUUUUUCAAGCUGCCCGUUCUCCAGCAAGAGCCGAUUGGAUUGAGGUUCUGCGCCGUGCUAACAACUGGAUCGGAUUGUCAGAGCCCUGGCAAAAGCUGUGCCAACCAACUGCUCCCAAUUCUCAGUCAGAGCAGGAUGCCACAGCCGGUGCACAAGACGGCACAUUGACUGUCAACAACGCCAUCACAGAGACCGAAGAACAAAAACGUGAACGUAGAAAGCGAGAAGCUAUCAUUGAUGCCAUGGGCGACGAGCGUGUAGUCGACGAGGAAACCUUCCAGAAAGCUGUCCGGGCUCGCGAACGUAGAGCUAUGGAAGAUGAAGAAGGCUUGAGUGGGCCUCUGCAAGAUGUAAAUGGUGGUCGUACUGCUGCUCACAAGCGCUGGGCACAAGAUGAUGGUAAGGAGUAUCCCAUCUCGUCUGAGAGAGCUGAAGCUAUCUGCCGCUGGAUCAAGGAGGCGCCGCUCAGCAUGGGUGUCAAGAAGAAGCGACCUGCAAAGAAAAAGGCGCCUGCUACGAAUGGAACGAGUGCAGUUACAGAUGGCAUG